GAAUCUUAAUCAUCUAAAACUGAGCUCCUCGGUAAAAUUAAUAAUUUUUUGAGCACGGCAUAGGCCGGUCAAAAAAAAAUGUUGUACAAAUUAUUUUUUGCAGGAAAAAACUUCUGAUUCAAGAAAUUAGAGAAUUAAUGAAGACUCGGAGGACUAGAAAUAAUAUCUACCGGUCAAGAAUUCAAAGUACGAAGACUGAAGAUCACACUCGGAGGACUUGUUUACUUUUUUAAGUUGAUGAUUCUCACAACUCAAAAAAGUGGAGGACUUCUUGAUGGGAAAUAAUACGUGGCUCGGCCCACAUUUCCCAAUUAUUUACAAAGAAUAGUUAAACCGGACCUGUUUAAUAAAAUAGAGGAAUAAGAGAAUAUUUCUCCGUAGAUGCUCUCACCCUCUCCUAUAAAAGGGAGGUCGCUCCCUGAGCUGUAUAAGGGUUUUGUCAUGAACUACAUGAUGCAUGAUCUUGACAAACCCCUUCCAGAGCUUCUUAAAAUGCUCCAUACUCCAGAGGAGAACCUUACUAAGGGCAAGGGUGCUUCCGUCCUUAUGGUCCAAGGCGGAAAGGGGAAGCCGAAGAAGGGGAUUAAGAUUAAGGCUAGGACGGUCGGAAAGCCUAAAUCAAAGUCCACUUCAUCUGCAACCCAGAAACCCAUAGGAGGAGUUGCAAAGGGCAAAUGUCAUCACUGUGGUAAGGCAGGCCACUGGAGAAGAAACUGCAAGACAUACCUCGCAACCAAGAAGAAGGAAGGUACGACCAUUUCUUCUGAGGGACUGAAGCAGAGUAGACGGUUAGCUCGAGGCGAGAUUGAACUCCGAGUUGGCAAUGGUGCACCUGUUGCAGCUUUGGCAAUCGGAACUUAUAGUUUAGUCUUGCCUAGUGGUCUAAUCUACAUCGGUCGGGAAUGCUGGAAGAGUUACAAGCAAGAUACUACCGCUGAUUCCACUACAGAAGAAGAGUACAUGGCUGCAGCCGAGGUAGCCAAGGAAGGUGUGUGGCUCAAGAAUUUUAUUACAGAGCUUGGAGUGGUUCCUAGCAUCAAGAACCCUAUACCGUUAUUUUGCGACAACAAUGGGGUAAUUGCACAAGCGAAAGAACCUCGGUCUCACCAGAAGACCAAACACAUCGUUAGACGUUAUCACAUCAUACGAGAAAUCGUUGCACGUGGGGACGUUGAGAUUUGCAAGAUAGGUACAGACGACAAUAUCGCGGACCCGUUGACGAAGGCUUUGGGAAAGCCUAAACACGAGAGUCAUACGUGGUCCAUGGGCAUUCGAGAAAUGCUUGAUUGGCCUUAGGGCAAGUGGGAGAUUGUUGUAUUUAGGUGCCCUAGCGGCAAUCAAAUACCUAUGUAACUGUACACUUUAUCAUGAAUGAAAGGCCUUGAAGUAUGUGUUAUAUCUCUUGUAACAUAACAUAGCUUCAGUCCAUAGACGAUAGCGCUUCAGUAACAUAGAUGAGGACUACGAUGUUCUGAUUAUGAGACUGUUACUUCUUGACGAAGGCUAUGUCUAGAAUAUCCCUAGUCGCACUUUAUGAUAAUACGGACGUCAUAACGUAUCAAGACUAGUACGUACGAGAUGAGAUAGUUGCGUCUCAUAGAC